CCAGAAGAAAGGAAGAGGAAACAAAAAAACAAACCAAAAAAAAAAACACCCGCAAAUAAAUCCGUGUCUAAUGAGGAUAAAAGUAGGAUGUUAUCAGCUGUUUGACAUACAGCUGAUAAAAAUUAUCUUCAGCUAGGCAUCCUUGAGGUCUGAUUACAGAAGUGACCCUACCCGCCCACACACCUAAAAUUUAUUUAAGAGGUCAACCUAGGUUUUUCCUGGCUUUUAGGAAGAAGACUGGUAUGGCUGGGUUCCUUGCUAGUUCUUCCAGGCCAUGGCGCUUCCCAGCACGUUCUUUUUAUGGUUUGGCUGCCUUUCCUGGCUGUGUUUUCCCAGUAGCCUUGGCUCUCUGGCUUCUAGGGGAGAGGCUCAGAUUGCAGCCAGUGCUGAAUGGGAACCUGGGGCUGAGCCUUGGUCCUUGCUGCAGCCUCUAGAUGGGAGGGACAGAUCUGGCCUCCUUUCCCCUCUCUUCAAGGUUCUGUGUGAUGGGCAAGGUGGGGUCCCUAGGCUGCAGCCAGACUCCAGAGCUUUGCGCUACAUGAAGAGGCUCUAUAAGGCCUAUGCUACCAAGGAGGGGAUCCCUAAAUCCAACAGAAGUCACCUCUACAACACUGUUCGGCUCUUCACCCCUCAUGUCCAGCACGACAAGCAGGCUUCUGUGGACCAGGUGACAGGAACCGUGCGGUCAGUGGACCUGCUGUUUAACCUGGAUCGAGUUACUGCUGUGGAACACCUACUCAAGUCAGUCUUGCUAUAUACUUUCAACACCUCAGUUUCUUUCCCCUCCGCUGCUAACUGUGUGUGCCACCUGGUGCUGAAAGAGCCAGCGUCUAGUUCCAGCAAGACACCCCCCAGAGCUCCACACUCCGUGACCUUUAAGUCACAGUUUGAAUUAAAAAAGAAAUACAAAUGGGUUGAGGUUGAUGUGACUGCCCUGCUGCAGCCUCUGGUGGCCUCCGACAAGAGAAGUGUUCACGUGUCUGUGACCUUGACAUGCGUGAAAGACCAGCGGCAGCACCCCUCAGCACAGGUCAGUGCCCUCAACCUGGCACGCCCCUCACUGCUUCUGUACCUGAACGACACCAGUGCGCAGGCUCGUCACAGGUGGUAUUCCCUCCGCUAUAAAGGGAGCCCUUCACAGGCUCCUGACCAGGGAGGUCUGCCUGCCUGUCCUAUAGGAGAAGAGGCUGCGAAGGGAGUGAGAUCUUCCCGUCACCGUCACCGGAGAGGACAGGAAACUGUCAGCUCAGGAUUGAAGAAGCCUCUGGUUCCAGCUUCUUUGAACCUGAGUGAAUACUUCAAACAGUUCCUUUUCCCCCAAAACGAGUGUGAGCUCCAUGACUUUAGACUUAGCUUUAGUCAGCUGAAGUGGGACAACUGGAUUGUGGCCCCGCACAGAUAUAGCCCCCGGUACUGUAAAGGGGACUGUCCAAGGGCAGUUGGGCAUCGGUAUGGCUCUCCAGUUCACACCAUGGUGCAGAACAUCAUCUAUGAGAAGCAGCUUGACUCCUCGGUGCCAAGACCAUCGUGUGUGCCUGCCAAAUACAGCCCUUUGAGUGUGCUGACCAUUGAGCCUGAUGGCUCAAUAGCUUAUAAAGAAUAUGAAGAUAUGAUAGCCACUCGGUGCACCUGUCGUUAACAGAUGAUCCUCUAAACGAAAACCUUGAGCCUCUUUGGCAAAGUGAAUGCCCUGCGCCCACCUGUGCCUUCAUGUGUCGAAUCUCUAAAUAUAGUGCAUGUGUCUUGUAGAAGGAGGAGUCUGUGUAGAUUAGCACAUUCCGUGGUAUCUGUCAGCGUAAAGGGACAUCUGCCUUUUUUAUUCACAAAUGUAAAUGAGUGUAAUUAUUUUGGUGGACUUUCCGUUUUUUCCCCCUAAGCAGUUAUUUUUUUCUUUUCAUAAGUCUUUUUUUUAAUGUUAAAAACUUAAUGAGCAUUAAUUUUGAAUGGAAUUGCAGCUCUAAGUAGACAAUUCAGAGUGUUGUAGUCUUAUUUAAUGGAAGAAUAAAUUCCUGUCGGUGGCAUAAA